AUGACUCGUAUUCAUCCAUUUGACUCAGUAAAAGAUUUUGAAAUUAGACUUGCAUCAAAAUUAGUGAAAGAUGCAUAUCCAGCCUCCGCAAAUGUUCAUUUUGUUCAGAUCGACAGAGUCGAUCCACCAAAAAAAGACAUGAUUAAAUACUUAGACGCAGAAAAAGUGGGACAAACUCCACAGGCUAUUCCAAGAAUCUUAUACACUUACUAUUAUACAAACACAUUAACUUUUAAUAAGGCAUUGGUUAACGUUACUGCUGGUCAUAUUAUUACCAAGACUCAAUUACCACAUGGUACUGUGGGCCCAUACUUGCCAGAUGAUAUGAUGGAAUGGGAGAAGCUUUGUACUAGUCACCCUAUAGUCAAGGCAGAGAUUGAAAAAUUGAAGUUGCCACCUGGAUACACCGUUAGAAAUGAUCCGUGGAUCUAUGCCACUGAUGACCCAAAUGAAAGAAGGCCUUUAGUGCAAUUUUUCAUGUACGUUUUGGCAGGAAAUGGACAUACCGAGUCAAACCACUACUCGUUGCCUUUAAAGUUUUCUCCAGUUUUUGAAGCCUUCACCAAUAAAUUUGUUAGAAUAGAUUAUUUACCUGGUGGAUUUGAUGAAACAGUAACUCCAACAAUGCCAUGGCAAGAAGUUCCAUGUGUUGAAUACCAUCCAGACUUGAAUAAUGAAGCAAACAUGAGAGACGUUAAGCCAUUGUUGAUUUCUCAACCUGAAGGCCCAUCAUUCUCAGUUGAAGGCUCCAAGGUUAAAUGGCAAGGUUGGGAAUUCAGAGUGGCCACUAGUGCUAGAGAAGGAUUUGCUAUCUACGAUGCUUCAUUCAAAGGAAGACAAGUAUUCUACCGUAUCUCAUUGUCGGAAAUGACAGUGCCAUACGGUGAUCCAAGAGCUCCAUACCAUAGAAAACAAGCUUUUGAUUUAGGGGACUGUGGAUUUGGGGUUAAUGGUAACCAUUUAAGUUUAGGUUGUGAUUGUCUUGGUGUUAUUAAAUACAUGGACGGUACUGGAAUUCACGCCAAUGGUGAACCAUUUGUUAUUCCAAACACAGUCUGUAUGCAUGAACAAGACAACGGGUUAUUGUACAAGCACGUAAACUAUAGAACAAAUAAUGCUGUUGUUGCCAGACGUCGUGAAUUUAUUGUCCAAACUAUUGCCACUGUUGCCAAUUACGAAUAUAUUAUCAACGUCAAGUUUAUUACUGAUGGUUCGAUCAAUAUUGAAACAAGAGCUACAGGUAUCUUAUCAACCAUGCCUAUUGACGAAAAUGUUAAGGUUCCUUGGGGUACUGUCGUUGGUCCUAACGUCAUGGCUGCCUACCAUCAACACAUAUUGUCAUUCCGUAUUGACCCAUCCAUCGAUGGCCACAAGAACUCGGUUGUAUAUGAUGAUGUUGUCAAAUUACCAAAAGAUAAGUUGAACCCAUAUGGUGUUGGCUUCGUCACUGAACGUAAGUUUGUCGACAGAGCUGGUCACAUCGACCAGUCACCAUUCACCAACAGAUCAUACAAGAUUAUCAACGAAAACAAAAUCAACCCAAUCUCCAAGACUCCUGUGGGCUACAAGGUGGUCAUCCCUGCCAGACAAAUGAUUUUAGCUGAUGAUGACUCGUUCAACGUCAAGAGAGCCAAAUUUGCGACUGAACAAGUUUGGGUUACUAAAUAUAGAGACCACGAAUUAUUCGCAGCCGGUGAAUUUACAAACCAAUCCCAACGCGAUGAAGGUUUAGGUACUUGGGCUAACGGAGUUGAUCCUGUCAGAAACGAAGAUUUGGUUGUUUGGGCUACAGUGGGUUUCACUCACAUUCCUCGUGUCGAAGAUUUCCCAGUUAUGCCUGUGGAAAUCCACAAUAUUGAAUUGGUCCCAUUCAACUUCUACGACAAGAACCCUGCCUUGGAUAUUCCACAGGCCAAUAAUACAUUCAACAAGUCCGUAUUAUCUGACUCCAAUACUGCUGAAAAAGCUUGUUGUAAGACAAAGAUAUGA